AUGCGCGCGGCACUGGGCUGGGCUCUCGCACUGCUCUUCCUGGCCCCUCUCCUGCUGGCCGCCCAGCGAGCAGCAGAGGCAGCAGCAUCUGCAGCUGACCAGGAGAAGGAGCCUGCCUUCUGGAACUCCUGGGCCAAAGAGACCCUGCAGGCUGCACUGAGGCUCCGCCCCCAGACCCACCGUGCCAAGAACAUCAUCCUCUUCCUGGGGGACGGAAUGGGGGUGUCCACGGUGUCGGCAGCACGGAUCUUGAGGGGACAGCUGAAGGGUUCCUCAGGAGAGGAGGCGAUGCUCGCCAUGGACUCCUUCCCCUACCUUGCCCUGUCCAAGACGUACAGCGUGGACAAGCAGGUGGCGGACAGCGCCAGCACGGCCACAGCCUACCACUGUGGGGUGAAGGCCAACGGCAAGACCGUGGGCCUGAGCGCUGCUGCAGUGCCCUAUGAGUGCAACUCCACCUUCGGCAAUGAGGUGUACUCUGUGCUGCAUCGGGCAAAAGCCCAGGGCAAGUCUGUGGGCAUUGUGACCACCACCCGUGUCCAGCAUGCCUCCCCUGCCGCCGCCUACGCGCACUCGGUCAGCCGCAGCUGGUACAGCGAUGCCGACAUGCCCUCCAGCGCCCGCCGGCAGGGCUGCACUGACAUCGCCACGCAGCUCGUCACCAACACCGACAUUGACGUGAUCCUGGGAGGAGGCCGUAUGUAUAUGACCCCAAAGGGCACCCCCGACCCCGAGUACCCCUCUUCCUCUUCCCGCCGUGGGGACCGCAAGGACAAGAAGAACCUCAUUGACCUCUGGCUAAAAGGUCGCCAGAAAGCCCAGUAUGUGUGGCACAAGGAGCAGUUUGACGCUGUGGAUGUGAAAUCAACUGACUAUCUUAUGGGUCUGUUUGAACCCAAGGACAUGAGAUUUGAGUUGUUCCGCAAUAGCACACGAGACCCAUCCAUCGUUGACAUGACGGAGAAGGCUAUUCAGAUCCUCAGCAAGAAUCCCAAGGGAUUUUUUCUCUUUGUGGAAGGAGGGAAAAUCGACCAUGGACACCACGAUGGCAUUGCCAAGCUGGCAUUGACUGAGACUGUGAUGUUUGACCAAGCGGUGCAGCUGGCCUCCUUGAUGACCAGGGAGUCGGAAACCCUCACUGUUGUCACUGCUGACCAUUCCCAUGUCUUCACCUUCGGGGGAAACACGCCCCGUGGAAACCCUAUCUUCGGUCUAGCUCCCAAGAAGGCGGAUGAUAAAAUGCCCUUUACCAGCAUUUUGUAUGCUAACGGACCAGGAUAUAUGCAUGUGAAUGGGACAAGAGGGAAUAUCACAACAGUGGAUUACUUGGAUGAGGAGUACAUGCAGCAGGCCGCCGUCCCCCUAGACUCGGAAACACAUGGUGGGGAGGAUGUGGCCAUCUAUGCCAAGGGUCCCAUGGCCCACCUCUUUCACGGCGUGAAGGAGCAAAACUACAUCGCCCAUGUGCUGGCCUAUGCUGCCUGCCUGGAGCCUUACACCAACUGCCCCCCACACCCACCAGAGUCUGGAAGCCCCACUCAUACUAUCUCAGGGCUCCUCCUCUCUGUGGCUGCUCUGCUGUGGGUUCUAUUGACAUGACAGUACUCUGUCAAAGUGCAGCUCUCCCCAGAGCCUCAUCUUCUCACAACUCCCAGAAUUCCA